CAUUUUUCAGGAAAUUUAACUCUGCACAAAAUUGAAUAGAUAUUUAUCGCAAUUGAAUGAAGUAGAAUAAUCAGUAAUCACCUUAUAGUUAUGAAAGUAAAGUAUCUUGUGCGAAAAAAACUGAAGAAGUGAUAUAAAGUUAAAGAUUAAUAGAAGUUAAUCAACGGGGAGAAUGGUUUAAUAACAAGCGAAUGUAUAUAUUAGAAAAGUUUCAAUAACAAAUUAAAGACGGUCAAUUUAUAAAAGGUGAAAGUACGGGCCAUUUUAAUAAAGAAAUAGUUUUGAAGAAAAUAAUUUUAUAAAAAUGGGAGAUCCCUUAUCGAUGAACACAGGACAGACAUAUUGUUGGAAUACCAAAGUGGCUGAACAAGAUGUGAAAUAUUAUUCAGGUCCUCAGAUGUCAAAUUUUCCCAACUAUAAUCAACCUCUCAAUUACAACUCUUCCUAUUCCUACAAUAUACCUCCUCCCAAUGGAUUACCUCCUAAUUUAUCACCUGCCAAUGUACCAUCUCCCAAUAUACCAAGUAUUCGUUCUUUUAAUGUAUCAAAUAUUCCUCCACCCAAUAUUCCUCCACCAAAUAUUCCUCCACCAAAUAUUCCUCCUCCAAACUUAUCAAAUAUCCCACCUGAUGUAAAUUCAACAGAUUCAAUGUAUCAUUUUGCACCUACUACCUACCAUAAUGAAGUAGCUAAUUUUUGCAAUAAUAUCCCUUACCAGAAUCAAAUAAAUCCACAGUGUGGUGGUCAAUAUUAUGAUAGAAUAAAUUCUGGACAUGAACAAUCCAUAAGUAAAAAUUAUACAAACUGGGAUAUGCCCGAAAAUAUAUAUAAUAGCAAUUCCGCUAAUAAGUGGCAUGCUAAUAAUUCAUCUGCAAAUUGGACAGUACAUCAAAGUACAUCUGCUUCAUGGUAUGGUACAAAUGCGACAACAUAUGAUAAAGACAAAUCAUGUUCAACACAAAUGUAUAAAUUGUUGCAAAGAACAGAGGAAUCUAAAUGGAAAUGCGAUAACAGGGAAACUAUGAACAAACAUACAAUUAAUAGACAAAGAUCCAGAAGUCCAUAUGGCAAAUCAGAAAAAAUAUACAGAUCACAGUAUGAUAAUAGAAGGGAUAGGUAUCGUCGAAGCAACAGAGAAAUAUCUAAUUCAAGGGACUCCGCAUAUGAUAGCAGACAUUUUGAAAAAUCUUCAUCUAAAAAACGGAGCUACACAUCUCGUUCAGAAGAAUCAUAUAUAAGCAGGAAAAGAUCGAGCUCGCGAGAAUCUCAUUUAACGAGAGACACAUCACCAGCUAACAGCAAACGAACAAAAGGUCCUACUGAGAGGGAGAUACUGCUAGAGAAAUAUAGACGUAACUAUUGUGCGACAAGUAAGGAUAUACAACGAAAACUAAAUGAAUUAUCGGCAAUGGGAUCUAAAGGUAUUCUUGAGAGUGAGAAAAAGAUUUGGACGCGCUCAUCACCAGCAGAUCUUUACUAUAUCAGAGAUGAAGAUAAUCCUAAAAUAAUGAAGGGUACUACUAAGCUACAAGAAUUGUGCAUGACAUUUAAAAAAUUGUUAAUAGACAGGGCAGCUGCAGCUAGAGAAUUACAGCCACCAUAUGAACCACCUCCAAGGAAAACAAGAGCACGUCUCUGUCGUCAUAAAUCUGAAGCUUGUAGUAGUUCCUCAUCUGACAGUGAAAAUUCUAUGGAUGAGGAUGAUAGAACAAUGGAAGAAUUAAUGGCAAAGAAACAGCAUCCACAAAGACUGCAUCCUGAAAUGUGGUUUAACGAUCCUGGAGAGAUGAAUGAUGGUCCAUUAUGUAGAUGCAGUGCAAAAUCACGACGCUCAGGUAUACGACACGGGAUUUAUGCCGGAGAAGGCGCAAUAAACAAAUGUGAUUUAAAUACGAAUAAUGCAGAUAAAUUGCAUCACUACAGAAUAACGAUUAGCCCACCGACUAAUUUUCUCACCAAAACACCGACGAUUAUUAAACACGACGAACACGAAUUUAUAUUUGAAGGCUUCUCCAUGCUCUCUCAUUUUCCAUUGGUCAAAUUACCUACAUGUAAAGUUAUAAGAUUUAAUAUUGAAUACACAAUUUUAUACAUAGAAGAGAAAUUGCCAGAAAAUUUUACAAUACAAGAACUUGAUUUCUUUCAGAUGUAUUUGUUUAGAGAGAUUUUGGAGCUCGUAGAUUUUGACUUACACGCAGCGCAAGACAAAUCCGGCUGCGGACAAUUUCAUUUUAUGCCAAGAUUUGUACGUGAUUUGACUGACAAUGGCCAAGAAAUUCUAUCAAUGAACGAAGUCUUGAAUUAUUUAAUAAAGAGCAGUACUCUCUUAAUAAAUCCAGAUGAUCUAUCUAAAUUGGUGGCAAUGCCUCAAUACAAAUGGCAAGAUUUUGCUGAUGAAGUAAAGGGUAUGGUCGUGACCUAUCCUGGAAAAAAACCGUGCAGUGUUCGUGUUGAUCAACUGGAUAGAAAUCAAGAUGAUCAAUCUAGUGGGAUAUCGCAUACUUAUCCCGAGAUAGUUCAUUUUGGUAUUCGUCCACCACAGCUUAGCUACGCAGGAAAUGCAGAUUAUCAGAAAGCCUGGAGGGAUUACGUAAAAUUUCGACAUCUACUCGCAAACAUGUCGAAACCGUCCUUUGAAGAUAAGAGGAAAUUAGAAGCGAAGGAGAACAAACUGCAGGAGUUACGUACCCAGAGCAAAAUGAAGCGCGAUGUUACAGUCGAUGUCAGUUCUGAAGGAUUUUACAGAACCGGCAUUAUGUGCGAUAUCGUGCAACAUGCGAUGUUGAUACCGGUGUUAGUCUGUCAUUUAAGAUUUCACAAAUCUUUGGAUAAUCUAGAACGCACGUUGGGAUAUGAGUUUAAAAACAGAUACUUGCUCCAAUUGGCUCUCACGCAUCCCAGCUACCGUGAGAAUUUCGGCACAAAUCCGGAUCAUGCGCGAAACUCCCUGACAAAUUGCGGCAUAAGACAGCCUGAAUAUGGUGACCGUAGAAUUCAUUAUAUGAACACGCGAAAGCGUGGUAUCAAUACUCUGAUAAAUAUAAUGUCCAGAUUCGGCGCGAAAACGGAAACGGAAUCAUCGAUAGCUCAUAAUGAACGACUAGAAUUUCUUGGUGAUGCAGUCGUCGAGUUCCUCACUUCUAUCCAUCUCUUUCACAUGUUUCCGGAUUUAGAAGAGGGUGGUCUGGCUACAUACAGAGCGGCAAUCGUACAAAAUCAGCAUCUUGCUGUAUUGGCAAAGAAAUUGAAUCUGGAAGAAUAUAUGCUCUAUGCUCAUGGUAGCGAUCUUUGCCACGAUUUGGAACUGAGGCAUGCAAUGGCAAAUUGCUUCGAAGCAUUGAUGGGUUCGCUAUUUCUUGACGGAGGGAUAGAGGUGGCUGAUCGGGUCUUUGGAGAGACACUUUUCAAAAAUGAAGAUGAUCUUGCCAAAGUAUGGGUCAAUUACCCACGACACCCUCUUCAGGAACAGGAACCGACAGGAGAUCGACAGUGGAUUCCUAGCUUUGAAUUAUUACAGAAAUUGACGAAAUUUGAAGAGUCAAUUGGAAUAGAAUUCACUCAUAUUCGUCUGCUUGCUAGAGCGUUCACAGACCGUAGUAUAGGAUAUACCAAUUUAACAUUAGGAUCUAAUCAGCGGUUAGAAUUCUUAGGAGACACUGUAUUACAGCUGAUCGUUUCUGAAUAUUUGUAUAAAUUUUUCCCUGAACAUCAUGAGGGACAUUUAUCGUUGUUACGAAGUUCACUCGUAAAUAAUAAAACACAAGCAGUUGUCUGCGAUGAUCUCGGUAUGACUCAGUAUGCGCUUUAUGGGAACCCAAAAGCCGAAUUGAAGACGAAGGAUAGAGCCGAUUUAUUAGAAGCUUUCCUCGGCGCGCUUUAUGUCGACAAAGGUUUAAAGUAUUGUCAUGUUUUUUGUAAUGUUUGCUUCUUCCCACGUUUACAAGAUUUUAUUAUGAAUCAAGAUUGGAAUGAUCCAAAGAGCAAACUACAACAGUGUUGCUUAACUUUAAGAACUAUGGAUGGUGGUGAGCCAGAUAUUCCUGUAUAUAAAGUCAUUGAGUGUAAAGGACCGACUAAUACAAGAGUUUAUACAGUUGCUGUAUAUUUUCAAGGAAAACGACUAGCUACAGCUUCAGGACAUAGUAUCCAAGAAGCAGAAAUGAACUCUGCCAAAGAAGCUUUAGAAAAAUCACAAGAUUUAUUUCCGCAACUAGAUCAUCAAAAACGUGUAAUAGCCAAAAGUAUGAAAAUGCAGCAAUGGCCAAGUAAACAGAAACCAAGGGGAAAGUCUGAAAAAAGGCCUCACGACAGAUCUGAUGAUUCUGACUGUAGCCAAAACUGGAGAAGAAGUCGAAGCAGAGAGCGCAAUACUUCAAAAAAAAAAGAAACUUAACCAUUUCUUACUAUUUUAUUAUGUUCAUGUAUGUUUUAUUUUCAUGUAUGUAUGUUAAUAUAUAGAUAUAAAUAUAUAAUAUGUAA